AUGCCGUCCUCUGCUUUCUUCCUUUUCCUCCUUCCGUCGCUGAUUCCGUUACCGGUGCCGGUGCAGACACAGACCACCAUGGCCGAGUGUGGCGCAAACUUGCUGCCGCUCGCCCCGUGCGCGCCCUUCGUGCAGGGGGCGGCUGCCGCGCCCGUCCAAAUGUGCUGCACUAGCCUCGCCCGCCUCUACGCUCAAAAACCCGCCUGCAUCUGCAUGCUCCUCCGCGACUCAUCUUUGUCGUCGUCUUUCCCCAUAAACACGACGCUCGCCCUCCAGUUGCCCGUCCUCUGUAGCCUCCGGAUCGACCCCUCCACCUGUCCAGGUAUGCUCGUCCAUCGUCGAACUUCUCCCGCUCAAGUCUCCUUCGGGGAGAAGCCUAGUUCGGGCGUUCCAGGUACAACUUCAUCUCCAAUAGUCACGGUGGCGCCUAGGCCGAGCUCGAUGAUGUUCGGGAUUCGACACAGUGGACAAGUGAGGUUAAAGCCAGAAGAUCAGUUCUUCGUAAUGUUAUCCUUUGCUGUAAUCUUUCCUCUGCUCGCAAAAUCCAUCGACCUGUAGAUCAUCAUGCUAGCCCUACUAUUUUCGCUCACAUAGGAUCGUCGAAU